AUGUCUUACCAGAUUCAAGCUAUAAUUGAUGGAAAGAUCGACUUUGAAGGCCAAGAAUUGGUGGAGACAACAAUGCACUAUGCGCUCGUUGGAGCGACGGCGUUUUCGUUUGUAGCCGGAUAUGUGACUCAGUCACUUCAGAUAUGCUUUGGCUCAUUCACCCUUGCCACGUUGGCUGUGAUGCUUGCAUUUGUACCACCAUGGCCAUUCUUGAAUCGUAACCCUCUUAAAUGGAGGAAAUCAAAAGGAAAGGGCGAAUAA